CCUGCUUUCCUGUUGGUUUGGACAGUAGUUUGGCACAAGAGUAAGGGCGAAUACUUUAAGAGAAAGAGAAAACCCUGUUACAUGCCUUGCUAGUUUUGAGAUACUUUUGGGUACAUUCCAACAUAGAAGACGUUUCACUAUUUACUAUUGAUGUUGUUUCGUUGUUGUCCCUACUACAUGUAUAUAGAACAUGUAUGUCGAGUCAAGGUCAUGUGAGAAUCAAGGUCAAUGUAUCAUGUAAACCACGGUACUCCUAAGUCAAGAGCUUUUAUAUAAAUUGCCGUGAUUACCUCAAUGACAAAGGUCUAAUAGGAAUUUAACGUUUUCCAAAAGUCAACCUUAAGACUAGUCAAAUUGAAUGAUACAAGUACUUACGUUUUUUAACUUUAAACGAACGCUAGAAAGCAUUCAAUUUUUUUUCGAUAAUUAUUAUUUCAUAGCAAUCAAAGGUUGCUUGCAUUGAUUUAAUAUAUUGAAACUCUUUAAAAAAAGUGCCCGAUGCUAAUGACAUCAUUAAUGAAUUAUAAAUGAUGUUAAUCACAAUUCGGGCACAUUUGCAUGGUUUCGGAAUUUGACUUUAAAAAUUCAGAGUAAAUUUUCGCUCCGUUGGACUUCUCACUCAGUUCCCUCAUAAAACGUAAUCUUUAGAAUUCUACUGUAUGACUGGUCGUGGAUUAGUGAUAAAAUCACAAUUAAAAUCGCUCACAAUAUGUUUGACACGAAACGUGCAGUUGUCAAAGCUGGUCCGUCUGCGGUUCUAUAAGGGGGAGUUCCAAUGUGAUUUUUUCAAUACAAAGGUACACAUUGCCUUCUAAGCCCAGAGAAGGCGUGUUUUAAACGCCAGCUUUUAUGUUUCUGCUCUGCAUUCCAAAAAUCUAUUGAUAUUUUGAAUGUCAGUGUUUACAUUUUAAAGUUUUGCUAUUCAUCCCUUUUGAGCCCCUAUUGAACUUUUCUGAACUGAGCAGAGAAUGUUGUUUCUUCAUCCGUAAACGGUCCCCUUCUUCGAUGAUGUGUUAAUGUGUUUUUGUCGCACAUUCGUCGAUACGAUUUGGGAAUAGUGUCGUCAUUUUUAGAGUUUCUGGAGUAGAAUCCGAGAAUCUUACCAUCGGAAUAAAAGGAUUAGGUGGAUAUUUUGUCAUUGCCGAUUGAAUCCAACAAUCUGUAACUGGAUGCCAAAUAAUUCGUAAGUUACUGAUAUGUUUCAUCUGUUUGAAUAAUUAAUAAAUCAAAUGCAUUUUCUUUUAUCUCAUAUAAUUUUGAAUGGAAAUCAAAGAACGUAGCUUAGAUGAAUUACAUCUCUCAGUGUGUGUGAAUAUUUCGAAUUUUCGUUUCUUCUCUGGCCCAAAGGAGCAGAAAAUUGAAACAACUUUAAUCAAGAUUUCGCUCAUUUUUCGAUUUUAUGAUACAUAUUGAAAGAAUGAAAUCUAUUUGUAUUAUGCGUGGGUCUCUAUAUAUAUGAAUAUUGCAUGAGAUUUUAAACUGCAAUGAAUGUAACGAUAUAGGGGCCGUUUAGUAAAUUUAAAAAGCGCCACUGGAUCUUUUAUGUUGCUAAGUUAAUAGUCCAGAAUUUAAAUAUAUUACAAAUAAACAUUUCUCUCAUUAUCGAAUUUGAUUCAUAAACUAAAUAUGAUACUGUUUAUGAGGUAAACAUAGCACCUGGAGUAAAACUCUACCACCUAAAUGUUAUCAACAACACCCUUUCCCAGUAAUUGUCGAUACUUCAUUAACUGACAAAUGAUCGCUAAAUUGAUACAUCGUUAAUAAUACCCCCCAUUUUUAUAUGUUUGACGAUCUUGAGAACACGCGUUAACAAUCAACUGGCCGUUUUUAUUUAUCAGGGAGCCCUCGCUACUCAGUCUCUGCAGGAACGUUAUGGUUCAGCACAAAGUAACUCCAUUUCCUGUCGGUUCGCAUCAGAGGCGGUACGGAUAAUGGGCGCAAGGAACAAAGCAUGGUAGCAGGCUCACUGUCAAACGGUUGCCCUUUGUCCAUGUAAGUUUGCGUCUUCAAGGGGGAAGGAAUCGUGAAAGUUGACGGAGGGAGUGCGAGGCAGACAAAUUUGAUUUAUGAAGUGGGGGAAGUUUACUGCAGUUCCACGUGCAGUUGUAACGAAAACCAUCUGACUGCAAGAAGUCAUAGCGUUAACAACAACACAAACGAUGGCUGAGGAGCGCCGAAACUCCACAAGUCAAAGGGAAUCGCGUCUUUGACUAACUGAAGCGUGGUGCUAAUUUGUCAACAUGGUAGUGCUCAAACCUAAAAGCAGUAGCUUCAAUUCGCUUUGGUCCAUAUCAUACAGUGUAAUCGUGGUCAGCGUCCAGUGCUAUAUAUCUUACAGAAAUAUCUCGGAAUAUCAGGACUCUCUUCGGAACCAGUGGAACCGGGAAACCCCACCCGAGGUCGGCCUCAAACUCGGCCUGACAAUCGUCUCCUUCAUUGUGCUUCCUUUCUUUUUGUUGUCCUCCAUCUUUAGAACCGGAAACUACGGAAAUGACGGGUAUAAGCUGGGACGGGACCACGCCAUCUGUCCGAUUUCCGGCGGAAUCUUGGACCAUAUUGGUUCGGAGUUUGGGCGCCGUCUGUGGCGCUAUGCGCCUCCCUUUGCGCCCUCUCUUCAUGUUUUAUCAGCGUUCUGUCUUUUGUUUCCGGACGUCUUGAUAUCAGCCAAGGAAAUACAGCUUCAACUCAAACCAACAGAAGCAGUAUGGAGUACGGACCUUGAUUUCUUGUUUUCUGAUGCUAGAGCUUUAACCAGUGAUUUCUUAACAAAAAACAUCAGUGCAGUUGGUCUUGCUAACCUCACGGGCUAUUCACCGGAAACUGCAUAUAUCACUCCGAAUUUCCUCAACUUCGUGUUCGCAUUAACGACGUUCGCCAUUCGUUAUUCAGCAGUGUUCUGGUACACGAACAAAACUCUGUCGUUUGUAUACGCAGCCGAGCUACUUUUUAUGAGCUUCGAUUCAAUAUUUAUGUUUGCAGGAUUUUCUAUAUUGUACAAACUCACAAAAUCAGUUGAUCGAUACAAUGACCCCGUUGACCUUAUAUUGAACUCCAGUGGCAUUCUGGGACUGUACAUCACAAGUGGUUUCGUUGUGAUGUUCUCGUCGUACGUUGUGUUCGAAUACAGUGCUUACCAUUUCAUGGAGAAGUUCAAAAAAGUUGACAGAAAACAUAAUCCAGAAAAAUACAAAAAUCAAUCUAUUGCUUCUAAAGGAAUUUGUAAUGGAUACUUUUCCCAUUCAAGUGCUGUCGUGAUUUUUAUUUUACUUGCCGUUUUUCGCGGUCCCAUCUAUUAUGACAUCAUUGCUGUUUAUAGACUAACGUCCGAUGGCUGCCUGUUGGCGUGCCUCGUGGUAGGAGUUUGCUAUUUGGUGACCUGGAUUUUUCUAUGGACUCUGCUAACUAUUAAACAAGAGUGGAUGUUUCGAAUUCUUGAUUAUGCGAACGUUGGACAACCGAUAUUUGUGAUAAAAAGCGACCGACUUUCAAAAACCAACUCAAUCUCAAUAGGCUCUAUCGAACUGAAAGAUGUGACCUUGGAGAGGAAACGCGGGCCAGGGUCGGUACCCAGUAUUGAUAUUACUCCGAGUGAGAGUGGCUUUGAUGAAUGUGAAGUAGGGUUGUCGUCCGAGGAUGACCGCUAUGGGACAGUGCUAGCCCCGGUCCAUGAAGACAGCAUUGAAAACGGCUUCCCCAGUGACGUCAUCGUGCGCAGAAAUCGACAUAGACGGAGUGGACCGCGGUGUGUGACAUUUCACGAUCCGAUACGUCAUUCUGUGGGGAGCCUGUGUGAGAGAGACCCAUCACGUAGUCGAUCGCCGGCUCCUAGUGAGAGCACGAUGCACGUGACGGCCGAGGUCCAUAGACUGGGUCCGCGAACUCAGUAUCAGCGGAGAAGUUCUGACCCCGAAAUGAAGCAGGCCUUCAAACGACGCCAUAACAACAUUAUGUUGGCUGCUCUUAGAAACAACACAUCGAGUCCUGAAAUCAAGAACAAUGCCGAUUAUUUAACAAACGUUAAUGAUUUAUCUACAAGUUCAGACGAUGUUCGAAGCAACGCUUCUGAACCACUUUUAAAUCAACCAAUGAGAUUGUCCGAUGCUCGUAACUACGGAACUUCAUUCGGGAACGCACCGCAGUCUCGAGAGAUGGCGGUUUACAAACCAUCUAAUCUCGAUACAGCAAGAGAAGUGUCAACAUCUCCCAAAACGCCAGUGAACGCUGAAACCUCUUUAGACACUUCGGUGUCACUGACAGAAAGUGGGAUAGCUCAGUCCAAUGUCACGGACAUAACCACCAUAUUGUCCGAGGACGAGUAUGAAAACUUUAAAGGUGCAAAACAGCCAGACAUCGUGCCAAACCAGCAUUCAGGUUCCCCGCAUAGAGUCUAUCCCAAACCCCAGAAUUUCAUAUCGAACACGAAGCCCGGAGUUUCCAGGCGGGAUUCGGCAAACUACUCCAUGGCGUCCUCACAAGACACGUCUUCCAACGAUUCGGACCCCGUGCAGCGACCGCCUGCGUUGUGCAGCCAAGUUUCCAAAUCGGCGAAGUCCUGACCAGAAUGUGGAGAAUACUUGCAGGAUUUCUACAACUCGUACCUCAGACACGUGUGUUGACAUCACGUCAAGUAGACGAUAUUUUGACUAAAUGAUUUCUAGACACAAUACUUAUCACUUAGAGGCAAUAAUGCCUCUCGAGUGACUAUUCGAUGAAAAGUCUAGUCGCCAAAGCGUCUUAGUGAGUAUCAGAACAACUCGGGCCUUGAGCUAGCGAUGAAUGACGAAAGAUAGGAAACUUAAAGGCCUUACAUUCAGGAAUGUUUGAAUUGAUCAUAAUGAUUUUAGAUGGCUUUAUUAAGUUUUAUUUAUUGCAGUUUACUCGGCAUUUAUUUCAUGAAACAUAAAUUAUUAUAUAUUUAAAACGGUAAUAAGAGCUAAGUUUGUGAAAAAGCAUCACUAUAUGCAUACUAUAUUGUGUCUUGCAAGUGUGUUAUUAAAUCAGUUGACCAAUUGUUUCACCAGGGUGAUCAGAUUCAUAUCAUAUUAUAUCGCUUCCUUCUAAAAAUAUACAGUGUUCUGUAAUUUGGAUUUAUCAGAGUUUCGUCCCACAAAUCAAGAUUCGGGAAAUAUUUCAAUUUUAGGUUGUACGUGAAAACAUUCAACACUUGUGCAUAUCAGUGAUAUAUUUUCCCCAUAUAUUCAUACAUGACCAUGGGAUUUUUUUAAAAGAUUGUUUUUAAAAACUCACGAAAAAAAUGCAAUGUCAACUACUUUUUUUUAGGUAAAUGAUGUUGGCUUUUUGUUGUUGUUUUUUUUUUUAUAUAUAAAAGCGGUUAAAAGAAUUAUCUGAGGGAAUCUGUGGCGUUCAACUUUGUAUAUAGAGCAGAAAUAAAAAUUGUGAAAACAAAAU